AUGAAAGAAGAUUCUGAUGAUGCCAGCGGCGAAAAACCGACAUACAAACAUGUUAUUGUAGCAUCUUCCAUUGGUUUAGUUUUAGCUGCCACCAUGCAUUUUGGCCUCAAAAGAAGAAAAAGAUAUCAGAUCAUCCCCAGGAUAGGUGCUUCAGACACCGGUCAACCGUUAAAAAUUGAGACUUUCCCUCAUUAUGUAGCUAGACAAAUGGGCUUUUCAGACAGUAAAGAGUGCCCGAAUUUAUAUAAACUCGCGGCUGAAUAUAUUUCGAAAGCAGAAGGGUGGGAGGAAGAAAUGUAUAUGUUCUUUGCUGAAGAACCCGAAGCAGAUUCGUUGUUUAUAAAGCUGGUUGAGGAGUUUGAGAGAUGUAUUCUUAGUUAUUUUGCUUUUCAUUGGAGUAAUGCCCAUUUCAUGAUAUGUCAGGUAUUGGCUGGUUCUGAUGCUCAUGAGCCAAGAAAGAAGCUCAAGGAAAUAGUCAUGCAAGCCACCAGGGAACAGAGAUUUGAGAGGGUGACAAAGAACCUAAAAGUGGCCCGAGUGUUUACAACUUUGGUGGAGGAAAUGAAGGCGAUCGGGCUCGUGUCUGCCGAUGAUUCAGAGUGUACUGAUGUUAUGGUCCCGAUGGCCCAUAAAGAUAGAAGCCCGGUUCUACUCUUCAUGGGCGGUGGCAUGGGGGCCGGAAAGAGCACAGCUCUAAAGGACAUUCUUCAAGAACCAUUUUGGGCAGGAGCAUCAGCAAAUGCAGUUGUAAUAGAGGCUGAUGCCUUCAAAGAGUCUGAUGUUAUUUAUAGAGCUCUUAGCUCUAGAGGCCAUCAUGACAUGCUUCAAACAGCCGAACUGGUGCAUCAAUCGUCUACAAACGCAGCAUCAUCCCUCCUGGUAACAGCAUUAAAUGAAGGGAGAGAUGUGAUCAUGGAUGGAACACUCUCAUGGGUCCCAUUUGUGGUGCAGACAAUAACAAUGGCAAGAAAUGUGCAUCGAAAACGUUACCGUAUGGGUGCGGGAUACAAGGUGAAUGAUGAUGGAAGUGUUACUGAGAACUAUUGGGAACAACUUGAAGAAGAAAGUGAACCUGUAGAUGGUAAUUCAAAAAGAAGACCAUACAGGAUAGAGUUAGUUGGAGUUGUUUGUGAUGCUUAUUUAGCAGUUGUAAGAGGCAUAAGGAGAGCAAUAAUGUGUAGAAGGGCAGUGAGAGUGAGGUCUCAGUUAACAUCACACAAGAGAUUUGCAAGGGCAUUUAUGACAUAUUGCCAAAUAGUAGACACUGCAAGGCUAUAUUUAACCAAUGAUCUAGAUGGGCCGCCAAAGUUGAUAGGGUGGAAAGAGAAAGAAAGAACAUUGUUGAUUGAUCCUGAUGAGAUAUCAUGCUUAAAAAUGAUAGAAAACUUGAAUGAGAAAGCAGACUCAAUAUAUGAACUUUAUAGCAACCCGAAUCCCACCCAUGAAAACGGGUCGGUUUGGCAUGAUAUUGUCAUGUCACCUUCAAGAUUGAAUAUUCAGAAAGAGCUAAAGUAUUAUAUUCAGAAACUUGAAAGCAAGAAAGAAUAAUAAUCAACUCCUGCAAAGAU